AUGUGUUGUAUAGGUACAACUCAUAACCAAAUUGAUGAGUAUUCCAAAAAGCGACAUGAACAAAUAUCGGAAGCUGUUCAGACUUCAAUUCAAGCGAUUGUACAAGAAACGCAAAAAACUCAAGAACAAUUAUUACAAGAUGCUAAUUUACGUUCGAAUACCAUUGAACAAGAUUAUAAAGUAAAACUACAAGUCAUGGUUGAAGAAUUAGAUGCCUCAAAAGCACAAGCAUUGGCACAAUUGGAAAAAGAUUUAAAUCAGCGACAAGAAGAUAUUCUAGCAGUAGCACGAAAGCGUAUAGAUGAGUUGAAUGAACAAGCUAAUCAAUUAAAAAUGGGUGUUUUAAAGGAAGCACAAGCCCAAGCGAAUGCCAAGAUGGAAAGUAUUACAGAUCAAGUUGCCAGUCUAUCGGCUGAAGAUGCACAACAUCGUCUACAAUCAACAACAACAACGGUCAUAACAACAAAAGCAGCGUCGACAGGUGAAACACAUGUGGCAGGUGCAACAGCAAUAAUUCCUGGAAAAACAACCAUUGAAACAACAACAAAUCAAGCUGAAAUACAUAAAAAGCAUUAA